AUGCCUAAGGGCGAAAUUCGUACAGUCUGCAAGAUCGACUUCGACAAGCCUGCCGACCAGCAGACUUGCCUUCACAACAGGUGGCACCCUGACAUCCCGUUUGCUGGCACCAUCAAGGAUGGUGAGACAGUGAAAAUUGAGUGCAUUGACUGGACUGGUGGCCAGAUCAAGAACGAUGACUGCGCGGAUGACAUCAAGAAUAUCGAUCUCACCAAGCCCCAUUACCUCUCUGGCCCUUUCGAGAUUGAGGGUGCCCAGCCUGGUGAUAUUCUUUUGGUAGAGAUCAUGGAUGUUCAGCCGUUCCCAGAUCGGCCAUGGGGCUUCACUGGCAUCUUUGACCGGCGCAAUGGCGGUGGUUUUCUGGAUGAGAUCUAUCCAUCUGCUGCUAAGGCUAUCUGGGACUUUGAGGGCAUAUAUGCCACCAGCAGACAUAUCCCCCACGUCAAGUUUGCUGGUCUCAUCCAUCCUGGUAUCCUUGGUUGUGCUCCGUCUGCCGAGCUUCUGGCCACCUGGAACAAGCGUGAAGGCGAGCUGAUUGCAGCAAACAGAUUGGAUCGCGAUGUUGCCCUUCCGCCUCAGCCCAUCAACGUCCACGCUGGUAGUGCAGAUGGUGAGCUGAAGGCGAAGAUUGGUCGGGAAGGUGCCAGAACCAUUCCUGGUCGCCCCGAGCAUGGAGGCAACUGCGAUAUCAAGAACCUCUCUAGGGGUUCGAAGGUGUAUCUACCCGUCCAUGUGCCGGGUGCCAAGUUCUCCGUCGGUGACCUGCACUUCUCUCAGGGUGAUGGCGAGAUCUCGUUCUGCGGUGCCAUCGAGAUGGCAGGUAUCAUCACGAUCAACUUUAAGGUCAUCAAAGACGGUAUGGCCAAGAUGGGCCUGAAGAGUCCCAUCUACAUCCCAGGCCCUGUUGAGCCCCAGUUCGGCCCUGGCCGGUACAUCUACUUUGAGGGCUUCUCUGUCGAUGAACACGGCAAACAGCACUACAUGGAUGUCACGACAGCCUACCGCCAGACUACCCUCCGCUGCAUUGAGUACCUGCGGCGCUUCGGCUAUGACGAUUACCAGUCCUACUUGCUUCUAUCUUGCGCGCCAGUUCAGGGCCAUGUGGCGGGUAUCGUCGAUAUUCCUAACGCUUGCACGACCCUGGGUCUACCGAUGGACAUCUUUGAUUUCGAUAUCUCACCCGCGGCGGCCGCAGCACUUGGUGAGAAGGGCACGGGUCUGGAUAUGGGUCGCUGUGCGUUUGAGAGUGGCAAGACCGAGGGUGUUGUCGACAGGGAAGCUGGAAAGAACAGCGAGUUCAGCUUCGGUGGUGGUUUGACGUACAAGCAGUAA